AAGAAUCAAAAAGACAAAAAAGUGGGAGUUACCAAAAAUAAAACCCAUGCAAACCCUCAAGAAUUUCCCGGUGACUUCAGAUCCAAGGAGGUGGUCAGAGCUGCAGGAGCACAAUUUAAACUGCAAGGCAACUUUCACUUGAAACUGUGGAGCUAGUUUAGCAUUGGGAAAACACAUCUCUUCCAAAACUUUUAAGUUCUUAGAAAACUUUAUUUUUUUUGUUAGGCUAAGGGACAGAACAGGCGGGUAUAAAAGCUGGACAGUUUAUGCACAAACAGCAAGAAAGCGCUUAGCAUUUUAGAGUUUAGCUUGUUUACAUUUUUAAUUCGAUAUUUAGUAAACUGAAGUGAACGUUUCCUAAUCUAAAAUAAAUAUAAUGAACGCGAUAACCUGUGCAUUAUGAAACGGAAUAAUCUAACAGUUCAGCUCCCUCUUCUUCGCCUUUCUUUUUCUUGAAGAAAUAUUACGAUUCGUAAAAAAAAAGUUUAGGGAGGUUUUGAGUGCAGGUGACUUUAGUUAGAAUUACAUUUUGUUAAGAGUAAUUGAAAACAGCUGCAAUUUCAGACACAUAUUGGAUAAUUGCUACAGCGUUUUCUUUUUGUUUUUUGUAUGUUCGGAUUAAGAAUGGACCGAUUGAGGAUUUUAGUUCUAAUGGUGUUAGUCACAAUGCCGCUUGCACUUUGUGACUCUCAAAGGGAUUCUGGAGGAAGACUCGAGAGCACAGGUACACGAGAUACCUGGAGCCAGGCGCGAGCCAGGAGUCAGGGCAAUAAUUACUCAGCUAGAGUGCAUGGUGCAAGUCUGUAUCGCACGAAUGGUCCUGUUACAUCCCGGGUAUUUAACCCUUCACAUUCUCAUACCAACGGUUCUCAUUCGGGAAGGGCAAAUAAUCCAGUACCAGCCCAGCAGAAUAGAAAUCUGCUGUCAAAGCAAGAAAGUAAACCUGCAGUCCCAGUGAAAAGCAUCGUCCCUACGGCACCGCCAGUAAAGGAUGCUUUACCCCAGGAGAGUGGCGCUACCAUAGCCAGAGAGGCAAUCCCAGCAUCACUGAAACAGCGAGUGGUGGCUUAUUCCUCCCGGCUCAGAACCAGGCAGAUUGCCAGACCGAACCCUGCUAACAAUGGAGACUCCAAACAGAAGACUGCAGCACCUAGACGUCCUGUGGGACCCAAUGUGUGUGGAGGACGCUGCUGCACGGGAUGGGCCAUGGCUCCCAGCACGAAUCGAUGCAUAAAACCUGAUUGCAACCCACCUUGCCAGAACAGGGGCUCCUGCAGCCGACCCCAGACCUGUGUUUGUCGCUCUGGGUUCCAGGGCUCCCGGUGUGAAGAGAGGGCCCCUGAGCAGGUAUAUGUCCUAGAUGGCUCAUCUAGGGUCUAUCAGCCUGUCCGUCCCGCCACAUCCUCAUCAGACAGGAGAAAAACAGGAAAUACCCAGAGAAGGAACGUCACAAGGAGUCAGACUGAGAGCACUGCCCAGGCUUCCAGACAACAGCCUGUGUCCACAGGCCAAGGGCCUUCCACGGCACAUGACAGAAGAGGGCAGGCUGGGUCCUCUCCACAGCACACUGGGGCUUCCCGCACGGUCAAGCGUUACCCAUCAUCUACUGAACAGAUCACCUCCAACGCUCUGCCCAAUGGCAACCACAAACAGCCAGCCGGUGGACGUGGAACUGGGAACCUUAAUAAUGCCGUGGCACCAAGAGGAGCAAACCUGACGGCCAACAUUGACCGUAUAAAGAUUGUCUUCACCCCGAUGAUCUGCAAGAGGAGCUGUAACAAUGGUCAGUGCUACAACAACUGUGAGAAAGGGGACACUACGACCGUUUACAGCGAAAACACCCAGAGCCACAUCUCAAAAGCAGGAUUUCGCAUCUAUUUCUGCCAGAUUCCCUGCAUGAACGGGGGGCGCUGCAUCGGACGAGACCAGUGCUGGUGCCCAUCGAACUCCACAGGGAAAUUCUGUCACCUUCCAGCCCCAUCUCCCGAGAAACAACAUGCAGCCAAGGAGAGCAGUCAGGCUGCGAGCAAUUCAUCACAUUCCAUGUAUACCCUGCCACUGUCUAACCAGCUAGCCUCCAUUUACCCUUCCUUGGUAAAUGUUCACAUUCAACACCCUCCUGAAGCGAGGGUGGAGGUCCACCAGGUGGCCCAAGUGAAACCGGGUCAGGUUCCUCCCAGAACGCUGGAGAACAGCGUUGAGGAACAGCAGCCUGUGCGCUCAGUGCAGCAGAGGUCCCAGCCAGCUAAUGGGAAUGGAUACUCCAAGGAUCAUAGCUACACCAAUGGGAACAGCAUUGGGAAUGGGAACGGGCACUCCAGACCGCAGACCAGACUGAACGGAUACAUAGGAAGAUGUUUCCAGGAAACCAUUGAUGGGCAGUGUGGUAAACCCCUUCCUGGACUGACCAAGCAAGACGAUUGCUGUGGCAGUAUUGGAGCAUCAUGGGGACUGAACAGGUGUACGCAGUGCCCUUCUAAACCAGCUUAUCCAGUGAUUGCAAAUGGCUUGGUUGAAUGUCCAAAGGGCUACAAGAGGAUGAACCAAACUCACUGUCAAGAUAUCAACGAAUGUCUCAUGCCUGGAAUCUGCAAGAACGCGGAGUGUCUGAACUCCCGGGGCAGCUACAGAUGUACCUGCAAACCUGGACACAUGCUGGACACAUCCCGUAGCCACUGCAUCUCGGACAAGGCUGUGUCUAUGGAGCGGGGAAUGUGCUUCCGUUCACUCUCUGGAGGCUCCUGCUCCCUGCCUCUCGCCCAGCACAUCACCAAACAGAUCUGCUGCUGCAGCCGCGUUGGCAAAGCAUGGGGCAAGGACUGCGAGAGGUGCCCAUUGCCCGACACAGAUCAUUUUAAAGAGAUCUGCCCUGCUGGUCAUGGCUACACAUACUCCAGGUCGGAUAUUCAGAUCUUGAUGAGGCAGGCGGAGGAGGAGGAGUUAGCAGCAGGCUCCGACACUCACCAGCACCACCACCACCAUACCCAUGACAACGGCCACCAGACACCCAGGGUACCCAAAAAGGAGCAAGGAGGGAUUGGGCAAGCCAAAAUACCUCCUGUUAUAACUGAAGCCACUCUGAAAUACCCAGUGGUGAAGACAACCCCAGAUUCUCCUGUCCACCUGGACCCUGAGCCUGGCUCCCGGGAGACAGCCCCCAUCAACGUAGCGACCCAGGUCACAGAAAUCGACAGGUGUUCAGCUACACCCACUGUCUGUGGUCCAGGGUCCUGUAUCAGUGUGCAGGGUGGAUACACCUGCUACUGCAACCCUGGCUAUGAGCUCAAUACACUGCAGACCCGCUGCGUGGAUAUUGACGAGUGUGAGAACGACCCCUGCGAAGGAAAGGGACGCUGUGUGAACAACGUCGGGUCCUUUAGCUGCUACUGUGACUCCGGAUACAGCCUGGUCAUCACACAGAACAAGAAGACAUGCCAAGAUAUUAAUGAAUGUGAUCUGCCCAAUAUUUGCCCCGGAAGCAGUUGCAUCAACACGGCAGGUUCCUUCAGCUGCGAAUGUGAAAACGGCUAUAUCAAAUCAAGGAGGGGACCGUGUGAAGACGUCGACGAAUGCCGAAACCCCAACGCCUGUCCCAGUGGAAGAUGUGUUAACACUGCAGGCUCCUUCCAGUGUGUGAGCUGUGGGACUGGGUACAAGGCUGUGAACGGGAGAUGUAUAGAUGAAGAUGAAUGCCGUGUCACUGGAGUCUGUGCGAAUGGAAGGUGUAUCAAUCUGGAGGGCUCCUAUAGGUGUAGCUGCAGCCAGGGAUACAAAGCAUCUUCGGACAGCAAGAGCUGCAAAGAUAUCAAUGAGUGUGCCACACACAAUGUAUGCCCCAAUGGACUGUGCACCAACAUUGAAGGUUCCUACACAUGUUCUAACUGUCGACCUGGUUACAGGAUAUCUUCAGAUGGGCAGAGAUGCGAAGAUAUCAAUGAGUGUGGCUCAACAAACGUGUGUCCAAAUGGAGUCUGCACGAAUACUGAGGGCUCUUUCACCUGCUCCAAGUGCAGGAAUGGGUACAGGCUUUCUGAGGACAAGCAGAGAUGUGAAGACAUCAAUGAGUGUGCGUCGCCCAACGUGUGCCCCAAUGGACUGUGUGCCAACAUGGAAGGUUCCUACUCCUGCACUGCUUGUCCUUUUGGGUACAUGAUAUCUGCAGACAGGCAGAACUGCGAAGAUAUCAAUGAAUGCUUAUCCCCUGAUGCGUGCCCCUCUGGAAUCUGCAUCAACACUGAAGGUUCCUUCUCCUGCACUAACUGCAGAGCUGGGUACAGGAUAGCUGCAGAUGGACGCAGAUGUGAAGAUAUCGAUGAGUGUGCUUUGCCAGACGUGUGCCCUAAUGGGAUCUGUCAGAAUAAUGAGGGGUCGUACUCCUGUACGAUCUGUGGGACUGGGUACAGGACAGCUGCAGACAGGAGCAGCUGUGAAGACAUUGAUGAAUGUGCAUCGCCAAAUGUUUGUCCCAAUGGGCUUUGCAGGAAUAAUGAAGGAUCCUUUUCUUGCACAAACUGUAGACCAGGUUUCAGGGUAUCUGCAAAUGGGCGUUCAUGUGAAGAUAUUGAUGAAUGUGCUUUGCCGGAAGUGUGUCAUAAUGGGCACUGUGUGAACAAUGAAGGUUCAUACUCCUGCACAACCUGUGGGACUGGGUACAAAAUCACUGCUGAUGGCUUCAGCUGUGAAGAUGUUAACGAGUGUUCAUCUCCAGAGAUCUGUCCCAGCAGAGUCUGUGCAAACACUAUGGGGUCCUUCUCCUGCAUGGCCUGUGAUAGUGGCUACACAGUUUCUGAUGACAGAAGCAAGUGUGAAGAUAUAAAUGAAUGCGAGGAUAUCAGCCGCAGCUGCUUGGGUGGAGAAUGCACAAACACUCCAGGAUCCUUCAUCUGUGCUUGUCGCCAAGGCUUCGAGCUCAUCGGAGGCACUGUUUGCAUUGAUGUAAACGAGUGCCUGACUUUGGAUAGCUGUGGCUCCAAUGGCAAGUGUAUGAAUAGCGAGGGCUCCUAUUUCUGUGUCUGUGCUGCAGGAUACACCACCACAGCUCAUGGAACUGGCUGUCAAGAUGUUGAUGAGUGCAGAGAGGGGAGCGUGUGUUCCAGAGGGCAGUGUUUGAACACUGAUGGAUCGUAUCAGUGCCUCUGUGAAGCCGGAUUUGAAUAUUCGCAGGAAACCAGAGACUGCGAAGAUAAGGACGAGUGUAAGGAGUAUGGAAGCAGUGUCUGUGGGAGCUGGCACUGUGAGAAUACACUGGGCUCAUACCACUGCUUCGAGGGCUGCCAGCCUGGGUUCAACACUGGACCGGAUGGAGAGUGUGACAUUGAUGAGUGCGUUAAUGAGACCAUCUGUGGCAGCCACGGUUUCUGUGAGAACACGGAUGGCUCGUACACGUGCCUCUGUGACCGGGGCUUCGAAAACUCGCCUGGGACUCCAGGAUGUGUUGACAUCAAUGAGUGUGAGGUGAUCACAGCAGUGUGCGGGACGGCUUUCUGUGAGAACGUGGAGGGCACCUUCCUGUGUAUCUGCUCCGGUGACGAUGAGGAAUUCGACCCAGAGAGCAGCCAGUGCCGGAGCAGGGCGUUGAUGGGAUAUGGGAGCAUAGUGGACACACCCGUGGUGGCUGGCUCUAGUGGAGAGAGGAAGGAGUGCUAUUACAACCUGGACGAUGCCAAUUUCUGCGAUAACGUGCUGUCCCGAAACACCACCAAGCAGGAGUGCUGCUGUACUGUGGGGUCCGGCUGGGGGGACGACUGUGAGAUCCACCCCUGCCCAAUCACUGGGGGAGAUGAAUACAAUGAGCUCUGUCCACAAGGGCAUGGAUUCUUAUCAAUGGAAGGCACAUCCUUUGGCUUUGGGCAACUGAUCUAUAAAGAUGCGGAUGAAUGCGUAAUGUUUGGUUCCGAAAUCUGUAAAAACGGUCUCUGUGCAAAUAUCGAGCCUGGCUACUCCUGUUACUGCCGAGUGGGAUACUAUUAUGAUACCAUCCGCCUGGAAUGUGUGGAUCACAAUGAGUGUCAGGAGGAGGAUACCUGUGUGGAUGGAGAGUGUGUGAACACGCCCGGGUCCUUUAACUGUUUCUGCAGCCCUCCACUCGUCCUGGAUGUGACCCGCAGACGCUGCAUCAACGCAAACUCCUCAUCAGAGGAUCUGGAUAGUGAGGAAGACAUCCACUUGGAUAUCUGCUGGGAGGAGGUGUCUAGCGAGUACAUGUGUUCGAGACCCCUUACAAGCAGACGGACCACCUACACCGAGUGCUGCUGUCUCUAUGGUGUAGCCUGGAGCAAUGACUGUGCCUUUUGCCCAAAGAGGAGCUCAGAGUAUUAUGCAGUGCUGUGUAACCUUCCAAGGACAGAUGGUCUGGGGGCAGAUGGUCUCAGAGACAGACCAGGCUACGAAUAUGGACCAGGCUAUGUGGAUAUUGAAAAUAGCCCUUAUUACAACAACCCGGGACCAGAGUAUGGACCCCAGGACCCUGUCCCUUUGACCCCUUUUAGGAACCCCAGCAAUGAGUAUGAGUUCAGAGGUUCCCCGCCUCUUCGAACAAAUCAACCACAAGAGUACCAGCCUCAGUUUGUAAACCCUUAUGCUGAUAGGUUCGAUGGGUUUGAAGGACUGCAGGCUGAGGAAUGUGGGGUUUUGAAUGGCUGUGAGAAUGGGCGCUGCGUGAGAGUACGGGAGGGUUACACCUGCGACUGCUUCGAUGGCUUUGAGCUCGAUUUAAACAAAAUGCUCUGCAUUGAUAUAAAUGAAUGUAAAGACAUUAGUGAACAAAACUCCCUGUGCAAAAAUGGCAGGUGUGUGAACACGGAGGGAUCGUAUAAAUGUGUGUGUCUGCCGGGAUUCCUGGCGUCACCACAGCCGGAUCAGUGCAUUCCUGAAGCGCCUAAAGCUCACAGUAUGGAGGCGGAGCAGUGAAACAGGAAGGGGAGGAGUCCAGUCCUCAUUUACACAGAGUCCCACUGGAAACCCACAGGGCCUGGCAGUAAAUAACAGGGAAAAAACAUAGCAAAGAAGAACUUGGGUGGACACAAGAUCUGAAGUGAAUGUAUUGCAUGGGAUUUCUAACUUUGUUGCCUUUUAAAGGGAUUUAAUAAAACAGGACUCCUUAAUGGUUCCCAGAAAAACAAAAAGGAAAAAGCAAAACCACAUUCAUAUUAAAAGGGUUUAUUUUCAAUCUGUACACCACUACCAAUCAUAGGUCCGGGCAUAAUGUACAUACAAACUUAGAGUAGUAUCCAAAAUAGUACUUGUUAGGCGGUUAGGAUGUUUUCUCUUCUUUUUUUUUUAUAAUUUAUUUUUUUAGAGUUUACGGCAGUUUUUAAAAAGAAAAGAAAUAUUGCUAAAUUAUAUGAUGUAAAAAAUGUAGCUCAACCUUUUAGUAAAGCUUUGAUCUGUUUUGGAUUUGGAUCCAAAGGGUACAAAUGGGUCUGUUAACUCCUCAUAUGUUGUAUUUAAGUUUUGCUAGACUUGUAUCUGCUUAACACUGUAACACUUGUUAACCUUUUAAUAGCGGGGCGUACUCUUAUUUUGGAGCAGUAAUCUUCCAAAAAUAAAGCAGUGGGUGUUGACGAUAGUAAAUCAAGAGCUCAAGACGUUUACAAUUAGUAACAAACUCAGAUCCCGUGUAAGCACAUUCCUAUAGGGACUACCAGAAAAUAUCUGCAAGUAAGCGAUAUUAAUCUUGUGACCUCGUUAACUAUGUGUGAUUAGAGGCAAGUGAGAGAGGUCUGGAUGCUGUGUACAGAUUGUGUACUAUGUAUUUAAUUUUGUUUUUAUAUUUUAACAUAGGUAUAUAGUGUAUUUACUUUGUUCAGUUAAAAUAAGCGAUCUGUAUUGCCAAAUACAUUUUAAUAUCAAUACCUUAAUAUUUCUGUGCAAAGUUGCUUUUAACAGAUCUGUAAUGAAAUGUGCCUUACACUGUACCAUACAAAGUGUAUAUAUCCUGCCCUGUGGAGCAGACAUUGGUACUGGUUGUUAUAGAAUGGCAGCACCUUAUUUCUAAACCCAUCAUGCAAGUGUCAAGCAGCCAUUACUACUACCCAUGGAAUGGGUGAACAAACACAAUGCUCAUGUACACAAUUGUUUGUUCAGACAGAAAUAUUAUUAUUAAUAAUAUUAUGGCCCAUUUUUGCAAGAAAGACCCUCCUCCAUGUCCUGGUUUUUCUGGUUGGUCUAAUGACCUGAAGGAUCUUAUCUCUUUUUUUUGUUGUAUUUGGGGACUUAAACAGCUCAUUAGCCGAGUAUUCUGCACUAUAAAAUGUCUAUUGAGAAGGUUCUGCCAGUCUUUGAAAGUACCAGUUAUCUAUUUAUGUUACAGGUAAAAGAUGUUCUUUUCCUAAUGCCCAAAGCCUGCAUUGUGUGUAAAUGAAACUCCUCAUGCAAUAGCUGCUACAAGAAAGGUCUGUCAAACGCAGACACUGUUGCAGAUUUAGAGUGAUCGUUUCCAGUGUUUAGUAGAUUACAGUAGUAGACUAAAGACUUUGUUACAAGAAAAGAAAGCAACAAAUGCUCAUUUUUGCUGUGUAUAUAUAUUGUGUACUACUCAAUAACUCAUGUUAAAUAGGUCUGAAUAGAUAUUGGGCUAUUUCCACUGUUGGAAGCUGUGAUCUGUCAUUGCUUUAAACAUGCCUUCAUAUACCUCUAACCGUAGUCCCUUUCAGUAAAGAAAAUAAAGAUUAAGUUUUCCAG